UUCGCUACCCGCUUACAACCAAGGAAAACCUUUUUAAAAUCAUUACUUGACUAGAACACGGAAAUAGGAUUGGAGAAGACUUUGUUUUGAUUUUACAUUCCUUGUGUGAAGUAAAGAACGACAUACUGACUGAACUAAGUUGGGUAACGUUACCCAACUCCCUUUUGACUGAAAAUGUCUAAACUACAGUUGCUGCGUGUGUUUUUAAAUGAGCGUUUAACGGCGGCUGCUGUGGAGAUUUUCGGUGCAGUUGAGAAAACGGUAGUGGAGUACCAGGAGGAGAAUGAUCGGCUACGGAGACUGCUGCGGAGGACACCGGAGAUACAACUAUGUAGAAUAGACUCCCUGCAGCUCUCUGUCUCUGAAGAGGAGGUUCCCCCUGAGCAGCAGCACUGUGAGCAGGAGUGGAGCCCCAGUCUGGUACAGAAGGACCCAGAGACUAAACAGAUUAAAGAGGAACAGGAGGAAGUCAGGACCAGUCAGGAGGAAGAGCAGCUUCAAGGGGUGGAGCCUAAUAUCAUAGAGUUCCAAUUUACUCCUUCCUGUGUGAAAAGUGAAUGUGAUCAGGAGGACCCACUUUGGUCCUUGACUCUUCCCCAAACCCAGACUGUGGAGAACAGAGAGAGAGACUCUAAACCAGUGGAUCUCAAACCUUUUGGCACUGUGACCCACCUGAAGGGUUUCGACAUUCCCUGUAACCCUCCAGAUAGACAAAACAAUGCCUCCAGCCGCAGCUCAGCCAUAAGCAGCGACACAGUAGGACUUGACUGCAGUCCACCAUUGGAUCCCAGUCCACCAUUGGAUCCCAGUCCACCAUUGGAUCCCAGUCCACCAUUGGAUCCCAGUCCACCAUUGGAUCCCAGUCCACCAUUGGAUCCCAGUCCACCAUUGGAUCCCAGUCCACCAUUGGAUCCCAGUCCACCAUUGGAUCCCAGACCACCAUUGGAUCCCAGUCCACCAUUGGAUCCCAGUCCACCAUUGGAUCCCAGUCCACCAUUGGAUCCCAGUCCACCAUUGGAUCCCAGUCCACCAUUGGAUCCCAGUCCACCAUUGGAUCCCAGCCCGCCAUUAGAUCCCAGCCCGCCAUUAGAUCCCAGUCCACCAUUGGAUCCCAGUCCACCAUUGGGUCCCAGUCCACCAUUGGAGGAACACUGUUCCAAACUCAGCACCACGUCUAGAAAAACUCACCACUGCCGUGACUGUGGUGCAACGUUUCCUCUGAAAGCUGACCUGCAGAGACAUGUGACUCUCACCAGGAAGACACCCAGUGAAUGCCGCUUCUGCCAAAAACGCUACAACUCCACCUGUAAACUGAAGGCCCAUGUCCGACUCUGCCACGUAGAGAAACUCUGCACCUGUUCCAUUUGUAGCAAGUUCUUUAAACUCAAAAAAGAUCUUUCCAGGCACAUGAGGACUCACGCAGGAGAGAAAUGUUUUAGCUGUGGUGAUUGUGGGAAAGGCUUCAGUCUCAAGAAGACCCUAACCAGACAUAAACUGAUUCACACAGGAGAGAAACGAUUUAGCUGUGGUGACUGUGGGAAAAGCUUCAGUCAGAAGGGGAACCUAAUUGAACACAUACGGAUUCACACAGGAGAGAAACCUUUUAGCUGUGGCGACUGUGGGAAAAGCUUCAGUCGCAAGCACACUCUAACCGAACAUAUACGGACUCACACAGGAGAGAAACCAUUUAGUUGUGGCGACUGUGGGAAGAGAUUCAGACACAAGAAGACCCUAAACAAUCAUAUACUGACUCACACAGGAGAGAAACCAUUUAGUUGUGGCGACUGUGGGAAAAGUUUCAGUGUGAAGAGCAAUCUGUUUAUGCAUGUUAAAAACUUCCACAAAGCAAGAAAACUAUUGGGGCCGAAGUGGAAAACUUCCCAAUAAGGAAUUUGCAAUUCAAAUGCUUUAUUAUCUAAAUGUUGACGGUGUGUGUGGGGCAAUGGAGAGAAACAAAAUGGUGCAGUUUGAGGCCAUGUGACGGAGAGUGAUGCGGGCCCUGGAGAUGGGAGUGUGCGCAGGUGGGUCUGGGCAGGGGUGAUGUUGUGGAUGUCUGUGCGAUGUUGUCGUUUGAAUGUUUUGUGUGUGUAAGAAAAAAAAACAAGGAAGGAAGGAAGGAAGUCGCAAGUGUGACAUGAUUGUGUUCAAGUGCUUUUUGAAGUCGGAACAAUUCUUCGACCAUUAAGAUUUUAGCAAGUUAGAUAAGCUAGCCAAUGUUGCUAAAAAUACAUUUAGCAAGCUUGCUUGAAGGUGCAGUCUGGGAUCUUAAAGGGAUACUUCUGGAUUUAGGCUUUUAUGAUUUAGGCCUUUUAGGGUUUUAUUUGACAAAUUGUAUGUCUCUGCAUCCAGUAUGAAGGAAGUUGGAGGUAGUUUUGCGAGCCAAUGCUAAAUAGUGUUAGCACAAUAACUGGAAGUAUAUAGUAUCUACUAGCAUGCUAGCAGUUGCCAUAAACUGCCAGUCAUUGCGGUAACACUAGUUAGCAACUUCCUGUAAACUGCAUGACAUAAAAAUGGCAUCUAUGAGUUCAUCUGAUUCAGGGGAAGUAGAUAAAGGGCUUCAUUGCCAAAAUCCUUAAGUAUCCCUUUAAGCAUUUACAUGUUUUAAAAAAAAAAAUCAUAUUGUACAAAUUCUUUGUAAAAAUUCUCAAAUUCUCCCAACUCCAACAAAGCCAACAGCACAUGAAGGCCCAAUUUUGUUCUCGGGAAUGGAUAAGAAUUGGGCUGCCUAUGUAAAUAAACACUGCCAAAGUCUGUUGGUGUGUUCAGGUUAUUAUAUGUAACUCAGUUGGUAGAGCAUGGUGCUUGCAACGCCAGGGUUGUGGGUUCGAAACCGACGGGGGACCAGAAGGAGACAUUCUGCAUAAGAGCAUCUGCUAAAUGACUCAAAUGUAAACAGGACUUCCUGGUUGUUUGUUUUGUAAAGUUUCUCAGGUGAUGAGGAUGGUAAGAUUGGUGUUAUUGAUACAUUAAAACAUGUUUAUACUUUUAAC